UAUUGAAAACUCGUCUGAAGACGUGGAAGUUUGAAGACCUACCUGUACACCUGUAGGUGUGCUAUGGCCUCCCUGAUGGCUCAUUCUCAUCUUUGUACCUGUUGAUAACGAUUGAUUUUGAUCACCAACCUGAUGUGUCCAGCUACAUCUUGUACACCUGACUUGCAUGGAUUGCAUCUCUGACUUGAAAGUUCUGUUUCACUGCAUUUAUCGCUCGUUUAAAGUUCUGUAAACCCUCACGAUGGAAACCAUACCUGAAGAGGGAGUGUUAAAAAAGAUCCAAAGGCGCUUGUCUAGAGACCCUUACGAUGUAGAUCAUCUUCAUCUCACCUCCAAUGAUGUCUUACAGUCAGUCAGCAGACAGGCUUCAGUUCAGUUCAAUGGCUCCACCAAUUUGAUGGAUGCUUUGGAUGACCUUCCACCAGGAAUUGGUCAGUACGAUGAUUUCCACACUAUUGAUUGGCUCCGAGAUAUCGCGCGGGAUCGUAUGCGGCAUCGUAACAUCGUCAAAAAGAAACAGGAGGGAUUAUGGGAAAAGGUGAAAAGCGCCCACGAUGCGUGGUCAGGCUGGUUGUGUGUUUUGCUGGUUGGAGUAGCAGCAGGUGCUUCAGCAGGUAUAAUUGACAUUGGUGCGACAUGGAUGUCAGACCUCAAGGAAGGGGUGUGCGCUCAGGCCUUCUGGUUCAACCGUGAACAAUGCUGUUGGAUGGAUAACAAUACCUUCCCCGAUGAGGAUGAUAUCAAAGGCUGUGAUAGAUGGUAUACGUGGGCAGAACUGUUCGGAAUUGAUGGUCAGAAUGCUGGGGCCUACGUGAUCAAAUACCUGCUAUACGUUGUGUGGGCUCUGAUUUUUGCCACAUUGGCAGCUAUGUUGGUGCGGGUAUUUGCCCCAUAUGCCUGUGGAUCAGGUAUUCCAGAGAUCAAGACAAUUCUCAGUGGGUUCAUUAUCCGUGGUUACCUGGGGAAGUGGACAUUGAUCAUUAAGUCUGUGGGCAUGAUGUUAGGGGUGUCUGCGGGCCUCAGUCUUGGGAAGGAAGGGCCCUUCGUCCACGUGGCCAGCUGCUGUGGCAAUAUUUUCUCUUACCUGUUCCCAAAGUAUGGUCGAAAUGAGGCCAAGAAAAGAGAGAUCAUGUCAGCAGCGGCUGCAGCAGGUGUCAGUGUAGCUUUUGGGGCACCCAUUGGUGGGGUACUCUUCAGUCUGGAGGAGGUGAGCUAUUACUUUCCCCUGAAGACGUUAUGGAGGUCGUUUUUCUGUGCCCUGGCCGCAGCCUUUGUCCUCCGCUCUAUCAACCCAUUUGGCAAUGAUCACCUGGUCAUGUUUUACAUUGACUACAAUGAGCCAUGGUAUUUCAUUGAACUCAUUCCAUUCGUCAUCCUGGGAGCUUUGGGGGGUGUAUUUGGUAGUUUCUUCAUCAAUUUUAAUAUUAAGUGGUGCAAGUUCAGAAAAUCAUCAUUUUUGGGUAAAUACCCAAUCUCUGAGGUUGUUGUUGUCACACUGGUCACAGCUCUCCUGAGUUUCCCUAACGAGUACACAAGAAUGAACACCAGUGAACUAAUCCGAAUGCUGGUUAAACGAUGUGGACCAGAAGAUGAAAUAGAGCUGUGCGACUAUGAGAGAAAUUUUACAAGUAUCCGAAUUGAGCAUAUAAAAAGUGCACGAGCCCUGGACGGUGUUAUGCGGUCACUUUGGCAACUCGCCCUAGCACUGGUCUUUAAAGCUGUCAUCACCAUAUUCACCUUUGGUAUCAAGGUACCAGCUGGUCUCUUCAUCCCCAGCAUGGCUGUGGGCGCCAUCAUGGGCAGAAUUAUUGGGGUGGGAAUGGAGCAGCUGGUCUUGAAAUACCCUGAUGUGCUGCUGAGUAACAUCUGCAAGCCAGGAGAGGAGUGUCAGGCUAUCAUCACCCCAGGGAUAUACGCCAUGGUGGGGGCGGCUGCGGCACUCGGGGGUGUGACCAGGAUGACAGUGUCUCUGGUGGUGAUUAUGUUUGAGCUGACCGGUGGUCUCCAGUACAUCGUUCCCAUGAUGGUUGCCACGAUGACCAGUAAAUGGGUGGGGGAUGCCCUAGGCAGGAGGGGCAUCUAUGAUGCACAUAUCCAGCUCAAUGGCUACCCGUACCUGGACAGUAAAGAAGAGUUUACCCACACUACGAUAGCAGCGGACGUGAUGAGACCCAGGCGUAAUGACCCCCCACUCUGUGUGAUAACUCAAGAUUCCAUGACUGUGGAGGAAAUAGAAUUUAUAAUGAAAACAACAGAGCAUAAUGGCUUCCCAGUGGUGGUAUCCAGGGAGUCUCAGUAUUUAGUGGGCUUUGUGACACGCAGAGAUCUCAACCUGGCUAUCAGCAAUGCUACAAAGAACCAAGAGGGUGUGGUGAGGAACUCUGUGGUAUACUUCACUGUUCAUGUACCCACAGUCACCAUGGGGCCGGCACCCCUUAAACUUAGGAGGAUCUUAGAUAUGGCCCCUAUAACCAUCACAGAUCAAACUCCCAUGGAGACAGUAGUAGAGAUGUUCCGUAAAUUAGGUCUCCGUCAAACAUUAGUCACACAUAAUGGGAGACUCCUAGGCAUCAUUACAAAGAAGGAUGUUUUGAGGCACAUAGCCCAGUUGGAGAACCAAGAUCCAGAAAACAUUCUGUUCAACUGAGGCACAAAACUGAAAUUAUCAACUGGAGCGAUCACCCCAAAUGAGAAGAUACAUGAAGUUGUCAACUCUCUGGAUACAGAACCUUCUCUCCAUCCGUUGACUGGACAGAUAAGAUUUCUAAGAACAGGUUUGAGCGGAUGGAUUUGCAAAAUGA